UUGAGGUGUUACUCAGGCUUUCAAGUGACCAACGUUUUGUCAGUCGCAAAGUGGUCAGUUGCGGCGGCGGGUAGCACGCUACACAUCAUGGGCGAACCGGAAUUCUUCCUUCUGUACGCCAAGAAAGAUGACUCGUUCUGUGUGGUUUCGUGCUCCGAUGUGAUAUUUGAGUGUCCAGUCGCUGUGAACGAUCAAGUGAAGUUCAUGUACACGCAAGACGGAGUUAAGAAACAGUACGCUGGCGUCGUCAAGGAAUUCGGAGAUGACUUCAAGACAUUAGUAGAUAGGUUGCCAUACUGGAAUAAGACCAGGCAAAAGCCGAAGGUUCCCUCUGCUAGAAGAAAGUCUCGUCAGUCCAAGCAGUCUAGACAGCCAAAAAAGGUACAGUCACUCUCAGCCACUGAGCUCAAAUCUGUGGUAUUAAUGUCUUGUUGUGGUCUUUGUGUAGUUUUUCAGCCCCACUCAUACCUUAUUUUUGUUUUGGGGCGAUCACAACUCUCUCAGUGA